ACACAAACAGUUCAAGAUCAUAACAACUCUCUCUCUCUGAGAAAUCACCAAACCCAAAAACCCAAAAGCUUUUGAUAGAAGAAGAAAGAAGAAAGAAGAUCUCUCAUCUAAAUGCAAAUCUUUCUUUCCAGAAUAUCCACUCCUUCCUUCAACAACAAGCUAACAUGCCUUCUUUCCAUUCCUCUAAACUCUUCUUCUUUCUCGUCUUGCUCUCGCUGCGCACCUGCAAUGCACGCAGCAUCUUCACCUUCAAGAUGCACCACCGCUUCUCCGACCCCGUCAAGAAAUGGUCCAACUCCACCGGAAUGCUCUCUCCGGCACCGGAAAAGGGCACCGUCGAGUACUACUCCGACCUCGCCGACCGCGAUCGCCUCCUCCUCCUCCGCGGCCGCAAGCUCUCCGAUUCCGACGCAUCCCUCGCUUUCGCCAACGGCAACUCCACCUUCCGCAUUAGCUCCCUCGGAUUUUUGCAUUACACGACGGUGCAAUUAGGGACGCCAGGAGUGAAGUUUAUGGUAGCACUGGACACUGGGAGUGACCUGUUUUGGGUGCCAUGUGAAUGCAGUAAAUGUGCUUCUACUGAGGGCACUGUUUAUACUUCUGAUUUUGAGCUUAAUAUAUACAACCCUAAAGGGUCAUCAACAAGCAAAAAGGUAACCUGCAACAGCAGUCUUUGUGCACACCGUAAUCAAUGCUUUGGAGCAUUCAGUGAUUGCCCUUACAUGGUCUCUUAUGUCUCUGCUGAAACAUCUACUUCUGGGAUAUUGGUAGAGGAUGUUCUCCACUUAACAACAGAAGAUAGUCAUCAGGAACUUGUUGAGGCAUAUAUCACAUUUGGCUGUGGACAGGUUCAAAGUGGUUCAUUUCUGGACGUUGCAGCUCCCAAUGGUUUGCUUGGGCUAGGUAUGGAGAAGUUAUCAGUUCCUAGCAUUUUAUCCAGCAAGGGUUUUACAGCAGAUUCAUUCUCCAUGUGCUUUGGACGUGAUGGGGUUGGAAGGAUCAGUUUUGGAGACAAGGGUAGUUCUGAUCAAGAAGAGACACCUCUUAAUUUGAACCCAUCGCACCCAACUUAUAACAUCACUGUUACUCAAAUUCAAGUUGGCACAACUCUAAUUGAUGUGGAUUUCAGUGCACUUUUUGAUUCUGGGACCUCUUUUACAUACUUGGUUGAGCCAACCUACACCAGACUUGUAGAGAGUUUCCAUGAACAGACUCAAGAUAGGCGGCGACAAUCUGAUCCAAAGAUCCCUUUUGAAUAUUGUUAUGAUAUGAGUCCUAAUGCUAAUGCUAGUCUGAUACCUAGCAUGAGUUUAACUAUGAAAGGUGAAAGCCAGUUCACUGUCUAUGAUCCCAUAAUUGUCAUCUCUACGCCGAGUGAACUUGUUUAUUGCCUGGCUAUUGUCAAGGGCACAGAACUGAAUAUAAUUGGACAAAACUUUAUGACUGGCUACCGUGUUGUAUUUGACCGAGAAAAGUUUGUCUUGGGCUGGAAGAAGUUUGAUUGUUAUGACAUUGAGGAUCAAAAUACUUUCACAGUAAAACCACAUGCUACCACUGUGCCUCCUGCUGUUGCUGUCGGAAUAGGUAACUACUCUACUCCAAAAUCAACAAAAGAGACCAGGAAUAGUUCCCAAAGUUCAGUUGCAUGGCCAGCUUUCUAUAAUCAUCCUUUUCCUUUGGCUUGCUUCAGAUUCCUCAUCAUAUUGUUUCUAUUAUUGUAGCAUUUCUCGAGUCAAUUGUUUUUCAGGCCAAUUUUGAUUUCCACACAUUAGUAUUAGGUCAAAUCCUUGUAUCAUGUGUAGAUAUAAAUAUGCCUUUACCAGUCCUGCAGUCCCAUUUAACUCCACUUUUGGUUUCGAGUUCGCGUUACAAUUUUUGUCUCACAGAAUGCUACAAUCUCUCCAUCCUGACUGUGGAGUGUAAAUAUUAUGCACUAACACAAUGUGAUAGACCAUUUGUAGUAUUCUCCUUAUUAUAUUAUUAGUUUUUUGGCUUUAAUCAUCUAA